UUGUUAACUAGAAAUGUGUUAAAAUAUGUCAGAGGAAAAGCAAGUUCAAAGUCACCACAUAACUGCCAACGCUUUGAGCUUGGCCAGAUUGAUUUUAAACGUCAUUGCACUCCAGUGCUACUUGCAACAUGAGCAGCAGUCUGUACUUUUGUUUUUGUCUGUCUUAAGAAAGAAUAACUGAAAAAAUCAUUUGAAACGGUUAUCACAAGGCUUUUUUUUACAUAGCUUUCGUGCUCUUUCCCGAUAAGAAUCACCUUGUGCCAAAAGGAGAUAACAGAUCAGUCAAACCUGACAAGCAACUAAAUCCUCAUUUGCAAAGCAGAAAGAGGCGGAGCAACACUGUCACGACAGUUUUGACAUCACAUUCCUCAUCUCAAACGUACUGAGCCACAUCAUACAUGCAGGCGAGUCUCCAUUUCUCUCCAAAGACAACGUUAACUGAAUUGAACCUUUUGCAACAACACAGUAGAGACUGCCAGUCACUGGGAGGCCACCAGGGGGGCUCGGCUGGGGGCUUGUGAGUAUCCCCACACCGGCUUGGUUCCUCUCACCUUGAGACCAGCCCCUCUCCAGGACUUGUGGAUGGGCAUGAGUCUAACUAUUUCUAGUUGGUUACGCUCCACCACCUGCGCCAGCUCUUGUGUCAAAGGGGUUGUUUACUUUCCCCAAUGUAUAAGCCUCUGCAUUCUUCAUUGCAUUUUAUUUUCUAAACUACAUUACUCUGUUUUACUGGGAUCUACUGGGAUUUUGUCCUUUGGUGGACCAGUGUCUGUCUGUUUGUGUUGGGUGGUUUGCAAUGGACCAAACUAACUACUCUAACACAAAGCCCUUAGCGUCUACCACAACCCUACUAGCAUUGCCACUACCAACAGACUGAGGCUACAAUUCUGUGUCAUUUAUUGUUGUCUUCUUCUCCGAUUGAAGCUUGAGCUCAAGAGUCUAAUUUACCAUAACUGAGAAUCUCUGUUGUUACCGUUUUUCUUAGAGGUCUUGUUUAAGGCCCAGGUAUGGUUGCCACCCACCUUAAUUGCCUCCAUGACCCUGAAAGCUUAUAUUCAAAAGGUCCAUCCACCAGUUUAGAAUCCUUUCGAUGAAGCCGUUCGAAUGGGAGGUGAAACAUCUUCAAGACCUUCAACUAAGUCCAGUUGCCUUUUGGGACAGGCUUAAAGAAUUUCCUUGUGGAUUUAAAAUAACUUGUUAUUCAAAUUGACAUUCUUAAUGACAUAUCUAUAUUGUUUAUUUCAGAGAUCUCAGUGUAGACAUGUCUGCUGCCAGCUUUGUGCUGACUGAACAUCAGUUCCUGUGCUCCAUCUGUCUGGAUGUGUUCACUGAUCCAGUCACCAUACCAUGUGGACAUAACUACUGUAAAACCUGCAUCACUGAACACUGGAAUUCGAGUAAUAGGUGUCCCAACUGUCAAGAGGUCUUCUAUGGAAGACCUGACAUGAAGGUCAAUACUUUCAUUUGUGAGAUGGCUGAACAGUUCAGACAGUCAUCUGAACAGAGAACCAGCAGCAGCAGCAGCAGCUUAAAACUACAUAUUGCCAAACCAGGAGAAGUUCCCUGUGACGUCUGCACUGGAGCCAAACUGAAGGCCCGGAAGUCCUGCCUGGUAUGUCUGGUUUCUUACUGUGAGACUCACCUGAAGUCUCAUCUGACAAUGUCAGUUCUUAAAAGACAUCAGCUGAUUGACCCCGUGAAGAACCUGGAGGACAGGAUGUGUACGAAACAUGACAAACUGCUGGAGCUGUUCUGUAAGAACGACCAGACGUUCGUCUGCUUGCUCUGUUCUGUUUCAGACCACAGGACGCAUAAUGUUGUUCCUCUAAAAGAAGAAUAUGAAGAAAAGAAGCCAGAGCUGGGGAAGACAGAGGCUGAAAUUCAGCAGAUGAUCGAGGAGAGAACACUGAAGAUACAGGAUAUCAAAAGCAGAGUGGUGCUCAGUCAGGAGGAUUCAGACAGAGAGAUCGCAGAAGGUGUUCAGGUCUUUUUGGCUCUGAUGGAAUCCGUUGAAAGUAGCCUAAACAAGCUCACUGACACGGUCAAAAGGAAGCAGAAAGAGACGGAGAUAGCGGCUGAAGGCUUCAUCAAAGACCUGGAACAGGAAAUCUCCAAGCUGAAGAAGAGAAGUGUUGAGUUGGAGCAGCUCUCACGUUCUGAGGACCAACUCCAUGUCCUACAAAGCUUCCCAUCUUUGAAUACUAUUCCACCCACAAAGGACUGGAUAGGAGUCAAUGUCCUGCCACCUUUUUAUGAUGGGACUAUUGGGAGAGUGGUGGGGCAACUGGAGGAGACACUCAGUAGACAUAUGAAGAAGGUGUUUGAGGCUGAGAUGAAGAGAAUCAAGGAUUAUGCAGUGGAUUUGACUCUUAAUCCAGAUACAGCACACCCCAACCUCAUCCUGUCUGAUGAUUGGAAACAAGUCUACUGUAGUAAUGUGAAGAAGAAUCUCUCAGACAGUCCAGAGAGAUUUGCCACUUGUCCCUGUGUCCUAUCAAAAGAAAGAUUCUCUUCGGGCAGAUUUUACUUUGAGGUACAGGUCAGAGGGAAAACUGACUGGGAUUUAGGAGUGGCCAGAGAGUCAAUCAAUAGGAAGGGGACAAUUACACUGAAUCCUCACAAUGGUUACUGGACGAUAUGUUUGAAAAAUGAAAGCAAGCUCUACGCUCUUGCUGGCCCUCCAGUCCGACUCUCCCUGAAGUCACAGCUUGAGAAUGUGGGAGUGUUUGUGGACUAUGAGGAGGGUGUGGUCUCUUUUUAUGACGCUGAUGCUACAGCUCCUAUUUACUUUUUUACUGGCUGUUCAUUCACUGAGAAACUCUACCCAUACUUUAGUCCUGAUGUUAAUCUUAGUGGUAAAAACUCAGCCCCUCUGAUCAUCUCUCAUGUCAAUCACACACAGUAGAAUAUUUGGAUUUCUACAGAAAAAUUUACUAUUACUUCAAGGUCACAUAUUAUACUCCUUUAUAACCAGUGUAAAUAAGUCUCAGAGCUCCUCAAAACAUGUGUGUGAAGUUUCUUGUUCUAAAUCCACUCUGAUCCUGUAUUUGAUCAUGUCUAUAAACCCCUCUAUUUCAGCCCUGCUCAGAACAGGCUGUUUCUGUGUCUGUACCUUUAAAUGUAAAUGAACUGUGUUUGACCACGCCCCCUCUCUGGAAGGACUUGGGUGUUUCGGGCUUUCUCGCUCCAUGUCCUAUUGUUUACAGUGAGAAGGCAGACUCAGGGCAGAACAAACACCUAGCUGUGGGAGUGUCACCCACCUGGGGGAGGGGUUACUGCCCUUUGUGAUGUCAUGAAGGGAAAAUCUCCAAAUGGCCUGUAAUUGAUGAUUGAAUGUUCAUUUAUUCAGGUUUUACGGGUAUAGAUUGUUUCAUUUUCUGAUUCUGUGUUUUUGGAUUUUAUAUUUCUUUGUGACAGAAUUGUCUAAUUACCACUAAUCACAAUUGUAACUACAAUGGUAUAUUUUAUGUAAUGUAUCCUUGGUGUAGUCAUGACUGUAUUACCGGCCUUAAGAUUGAUUGAUAUUCAGAAAAAGAUUAUUAAGGUGUAAGAAGUAUAUGCACUUAUCAUAAAUGUGUGGUUGUCUUAUACGUUUCUGUAUGUGUUACUGCUUUUGGUACCUGUCCUUUUGUUUUAAAUAAAAUAAUACAAAGUACA